AUGGAUUGUGAGGAUCUUGUGGAGCCAAAAAUAUUUUUCACCAAGAAAUCUCAACAGUUCAUUCAGGACAUCCUGGGAAUUGAACCACAGCACUUCAGACUCAAAUUAGAAGCCUUCAUUAUUAUCAAGCUGGAUGAAUAUGUGUCUCUCAACUGUGCAUGGCCACUUAACAAACUCAUCAGUGAAUGUCGCAAGCUUAUUCAAGCCGAGCUAGAUUUCAUUUGGAUGGAGAACAAUGUGUCAAGCAAGGUGAAAAGGAAUUACACAAACUAUGAGUGUGCUAUUGUCGAGCAUUAUGGCAUCGAGCUACACAACUGGCCUCUACCGGAGACAGUGAAAAAUCCUUCUAAGUGGGUCUUGCUCUCAGAGGAUGAUGAUCUUGGCGACAGGAUGAAGAACAUCUGA